GCCUGCUGGAAGGGGCGGGGCCGUCCUCUGCGGAGGUUUGGGCCUGCGCGGCCUCUGUCCCAGCGGGUUCCGGAGAGGGCGCGACCACCGCCGUGGAGGACUCAGCUCUGCCGGCCAUGGAGUUCGACUGUGAGGGCGUGAGGCGGCUGCUGGGCAAGUACAAGUUCAGGGAUCUGACUGUGGAAGAGCUGAAGAAUGUGAACGCAUUUUUCCCACACUUCAGAUAUUCCAUGGACACCUAUGUUUUCAAAGAUACUUCCCAAAAAGACCUGCUAAAUUUCACUGGGACCAUUCCUGUGAUGCACCAGGGAUCUCAGCCUGUGUUCUGGCUGUCAGAACCUCACUCACACCUAUCAGUCAUUACUUCUAUUCUGCACUUUCCUUGGGUAGAUGUUAAGAAGAAAGGGAAGGGAAUGAGGAAAGAGAAGAGGGGGAAGGAAACUGAUUCAGGUAAUACAUACAACAUACCCAUUCGCUUCUGGAUUUUGGAUUCCCAUCCUUUUGCUCCACCCAUUUGUUUCUUGAAGCCAACUGCAAACAUGGAAAUCUCAGUGGGAAAACACGUGGAUGCCAAAGGCAGAAUAUACUUGCCCUAUCUCCAAAACUGGAGCCAUCCUAAAUCUGUGAUUGUUGGACUAAUUAAAGAAAUGAUCGCCAAGUUUCAAGAGGAACUUCCUCUGUAUUCCGUGUCAUCGUCCAGCGAAGCGCAGCAGGUGGACUUGCUGGCCUAUAUUGCGAAAAUCACCGAAGGUGUCUCAGACAUAAAUUCAAGGGGCUGGACAAAUCAUGAUAAUAAAAUACCCAAUAAAAUUACUGUGGUUGGAAGUGGAGAUUUGGGUAUUGCCUGUACAUUGGCAAUUUCAGCAAAGGGCAUUGCAGACAAGCUGCUCCUUUUAGACCUCUCAGAUGGGACUAACCAAGGGACCAUGGACCUUGACAUCUUCAACCUCCCUAACGUAGAGAUCAGCAAAGAUUUGUCUGCCUCUGCUCAUUCCAAGGUGGUGAUCUUCACAGCCAACUCUCUGGGUGGUUCUGAAUCCUACCUCCGUGCAGUACAGAGCAAUGUGGACAUGUUCAGAGCUCUUGUUCCAGCUCUGGGACAUUACAGUCAACAUGCUGUCUUGCUUGUUGCCUCUCAGCCAGUGGAAAUCAUGAGCUAUGUGACAUGGAAACUGAGCACAUUUCCUGCAAAUAGAGUGAUUGGGACUGGAUGCAAUCUGGAUUCACAGAGAUUACAAUACAUUAUUAUGAAUGUUUUGAAGACGCAGACUUCAGGCAAAGAAGUGUGGGUUGUUGGUGAACAGGGAGAAAACAAAGUAUGCUCAUGGAGCGGCCGAGAUGGAGUGACAAGUCGUAGCUCUCAGGCCCAGCUGUCUAGCAGAGCUGUGGAACUGUUGAGGGUAAAAGGUCAGAGAUCUUGGUCUGUUGGACUGUCGGUGGCUGACCUGGUAGACACCAUUAUAAACAACAAAAAGAAAGUGCAUUCUGUAUCAACUUUAGCAAAGGGAUAUUAUGGUCUAGACAAUGAAGUAUUUUUAAGUUUGCCUUGCAUCCUGGGAACCGGUGGAGUAUCUGAAGUCAUUAAAACCACAGCAGAAGACACGAUGAUGGAGACACUCCAAACCAGUGCAUCCUCAAUCCACAGCCUCCAGCAGCAGCUGAAACUCUAAUUUUCAAGUGCGCUCACCCGAAGGGCGGAGCUCAUUUACUUUCGCCAACACACAUUGUUUUGAGAACUUCCACAACUUACUAUUUAUCCUUAAAAAGCAGCCUUUGUGGUAGAUGGUUUCUUAGUUAGCUUCAUAAUUUAAUCCUUGAGGAGAGGACGGGAAAGUAUUUGAUUUUUUUGACAUGCCUGUACUGCUGUUUAAACGUACAGCAGGGAUGAAGAUUCAUUUGCAUUGCAUGUCAUUUUAAAUUGAAUGUCCUAAACCUAAGGCACAUCUAGCACUUUGGAGACGUUCUGAGAGAAAUGCAAUCCUUAAAGAUUCCUGUUGGACAUUUAUUCUUAGCCUGGUAAGCUUAGGCAGAAUGGGCACAAACUCUGUGGUAGGUGUUCAUUCCGAGAUGCUUGGCUUACACAUUAAUGCUGCUUUUGCGAGACCCAGUUGAUGGUAAUGGCCAGUUCACCAGCUUACAAACACCAGAAAGGACUUUAGUGUGCAUUUUAAAUUGAUCUAAUGGAAUGUUUAAUACAGGAAAAAUAAUGUGAUUUAAUUUCCAGUAAGAUUUCCUGUUUAAUACAUGAAAAAUAAUAUGUGAUUUAAUUUCCAGUGAGAUUUCCUUUCUGAAAAUUUCUAGAACCCCUUCCUGGGCUAGAAGAUCUCCAACAUAUCUUAAAAGUGUAUCAGUAGAAAAAGAGAGAUGUGUUUUUCUGUGGCCAUAAGUAAUGAAUAACGGCCAAUUUUGAGACCGAAUCAUGAGGCUUUCCUAAGAGCCAUGGUCUUAGGGAGAGAGGCCGGCCGGCUGGAGUGCUGCUUCGGAGAAAGUCAUUCAGCCCUGGAGAAACAGUUCCAGCUGUGCCUGGGAGAUUGGUCAGCAGCAGCACUUCCACGUGGGAGACCGCAUGGUGACUGCUGUGACAUGCAGAAGACAGUGGUGGCUAACACAACUCUUACACGGGAGCUCCUUACCUUCAGAAUCCUCACAUUAAGUGGCUGAGGUAGGGGCUGUUUAUUUUCAUUACAGAGGAGGAAGCUGAACGUUAGUGUCUAAGAUCCCAUGGGUUCCAUGGGGCAUUACUUAUCUGUGCAGCCUUUACUUUUUAUAGGUAGCAGCAGGGGCUCUAGGGAGGCUUAGAGGCCUAAAAGCCAAGUUGUCACAGACACUAAAGUUGAGGUUUGGGGUAUUGUGAAAGAAUUCCUUUCAUUCUCACAUGGGACCUUUUCUCUCUUUCUUUCCUUCUUAUUUUAUUUUAUUUUUCUUUUGAGACAGGGUCUUUACCUAGUCCUGGCUAUCUUGGGGCUCGCUAUUGUAGACCAGGUUGGCCUCGAAUUCACAGAGGUCCUCCUGCCUCUCCCUCUUUCUCCCAGUGGGAUUAAGGUAUGGGCCACCAUGCCUGCCUAUAUUUUCAAAAAUAUUUCUUACAAAGAUUGAUUAGCUUGACCCCCAGAAAUUCUGCAAAUAGCAGAGGUAGUAUGGGCUGGAGACAGUGUUCACUUAGUCCUUCAGCUGGUGCUGAUGAGAAAGUUCUCACAGAUGAAGCACUGUGAACACCAACAGAUUAGAGCAAACCCAGCUGGUGCGUAAGGAUUAGCACGGAACACAGUGACCAAAUGUCAUAUAAGUGCAAGUGUGCUAAGCCCUGUGAAGUUCGGAGUCAGAGAGGUGGAGAGCCCGUGACAGGGACUCCAGUGUAGCCAGAGAGGAGCGCAGUGGUUUGUGAGGUACAAAGGAAAUAAUCUCAUUCUCAGUGUGACACUCGGUGAUGGUAACAACCGCAGAACCCCCGCUGAAGAAACUAGAAAAUGAUGUCUGAGAAAGAAUCCCACCAGAUUUAACUGCAUAAAACCUUGGACAUUCAGACUAGGGAUGUAGCCCAGUGGCAAGAUGAUUGCCUGAUGUAUACAGAGCACUGAGUUUGGUCUCAGAACCACAAAAACUUAGGAUACUUGAAAUAAGCAUUUGUAGACAAUUUUGUUGUUGCUUUUACUGGUCUUUUGUAUGAAACAGGAAAGUAAAGUUGAAACAACCAUUUCUUAUGUGUUUUAAACUAGUAUUUUAUAAUAGGUGAUGACUAAUUAGGGAUUCAAUAAUUCCUAAAAUAGAACCUUUUUUCUCUUCAUUUGUUUUUGAGACUAAUCUUACACCAUCAUCUUGCCUAAGCCUCAAGAGUGCUGGCUUCCAUGCCCAGCAACAGUUUUUGUUUGUCCGGUUUGUGGGGAUCUAGUCCAAGAUCUGAUACAAGCUUGGCAAGACCUCCACCACUGUGGUUCAUCCCCAACCUGGUUUCUGGGGUCUAAUUCUAACACUCUUCAACAGUGAGCCAACUGCAGAAUGUUAGAACAAUGAGCUGCCAAGAACUGUGUCAGUUACAGAAAGAAAUGUCAAUACAACAGACAUGUAUUGAACACUCAGUGUUAUCCCAACUAUUUUGUGUGAGUUUGACUUCACCCUCAAAAGGUCCUAGUAGAGAAGUCAUUUUCUGUAUCACGCACUUCCUUGAGUUAGGCAGCAGUUGUAAGUUCUGUGUAAGUCAGGCGGUGUCAAUCGCCAGCACCUCAUUUUGAUUUGCUAAUUUAACAGUCACAGGGCUUCUGUGUGGUAACUUUGAUUUUCUCUGACUCUUUUAAUGUUUGGGUGAUGCUGACUUGAUUCAUCUGUAUAUUGUGUCAGUCUCUAAACCAAUGGAAAAUAUACAGCGUUUGCAUACUUCUCAUCGGAGGCACAAGGACAGGAUCCAAAUUAGUGUCCAUUCCCCAGAAAUACCUACCAUAUGACAAGUUCAGCCCUAACCAAGUCACAAACCUCGACCGACUGGACUGUUCUGAAAUGCAGGCUUUUGUGAAAAAGUAAGAGAUGUAUUUCCUCAUUUAAAAAGCACUAUGUUAAGUAAAAUGUUGGUUUUUCUUCUUGCUAUGUGACAAGGAGGGGGAAACUUUCAUUGUUCCAAAAUCAUGCAGUACCUCAUGAUUUUACUGGGGCCUAGAUUAAAAUGCUUUUUAAUACUGUAAGGUCUAUUUUUCAUUAUCCGGUUUACAUGGUCUUCCUCAAAUAUCAAAAAUAAUAAACUUUGAUUUUUAAAGGAUCAUGUGAUAUCUGAUUAAGUGAAAGAAAAUACAUUCACAUUAAAGAGGGUUUUUUCCUGGCAUUUCAGAGCACCCACAUCCAUUCACUAAAGUGCUUAAGUGUAAAAUGAAGAAAAAUCAGUUGUUUCUAAAUUUAAAAAAUAUAUAAUUUGGAUAGAAACUUUUCAAACAAUAUAAUGCUAUCUACUCAUUGCUGGCUUUCAUCUUUAGAUUCUCUUGCCUCUGCCUCCCAAGGACUUUAAUUCUAGAUUAUAGAUUGUCAUACCUGGUUUUUAAAAAAGAAAAAAAAACUUGUAGCCGAGCAUGGUGGUGCACCCCUGCAAUCCCAGCACUCAGGGAGGCAGAGGUAGGUAGAUCUCUGAGUUCAAGGCCAACCUGGUCUAUAAAGUGAGUCCAGGACAGCCAAGGCUACACAGAGAAACCCUGUCUCAAAAAAAAAAUAAUUAAUAAAAUAAAUAAAAAAUAACCUUGUAAAGCAUUGAAUUAGUUCGCCUUCAAUUCAUAGAAACAGAUGCUCUGGUUAAAGGAAUUUCUAAGAUAGCUGUGGUUGUAAGAACAGUUUAAAAUGAAGGCUUUUGAGUAUUUGUAAAGACAUUGUAGGGAGAAGGCAUUCAGUGUCCUCUUCCAUCACUUACCCUAUUUCCUGAAGCAUGGUCUCUUCCUGAGCCUGGGGCUCAUCUCUUGGUGAGGCCAGUAGCCAGCAAGCCCAAGGUCCUUCUUUACUCCUCUUGUAGCUGGUGUUAACCAUGUCACAGGCGUGGGUGGGAAUGCCCUGUGAGAUUUGAACUCUGGGUUUCAUGCUUGAACAAGUGCUUUUGAACAACUGGAAACAAGUGGGAAUAGCAGGAUAGGGUGAGCUUCGGGUUUGACUGUAGCUACAGUUUACUCAAGGUUGAUGUUACCUAUUGGGGUGGAGCACACUGACUCAUGCCAUGCACUUUCACUUAGGCCCCUUUGGUCCAUGCCUUGCUUAGAAAGGACUUGAUACCAUCACACUGUAUACUAAGGUUAUCCUGGUGUAUCAUCUUUCACUACUGUCUAUACUAGGUUUUAUACUUUGGAUGACUGUACUUAUUACAUAUAAUAAUUAAUGGUUACUAUGUCACUAAUGUUUUUAAAGAUUAUUUUUAUGAGUGUUUUGCCCACAUUGUAUGUAUGUGCACCACCUGUAUGCCUGGUGUCCACGGAGAUUUCUUGUGACCGGGAACCUAACCUUAACCCUCUGUAAGAACAACAAAUGCUGUUAACUGCUGAGCCAUCUCUUCAAUCCCUAGAGCAAGCUUUUAUUGGAAAUAGAAAUUCAACUGAGAUCAAGUAUCACCUCUUGUAUUCUAUGGGACAAUUAAAAUCUGAGAAUAGGUCUGGUGAUGAGCCAGCCUGCCUCCAUUUUAGGCUUGAAAGCCAAGCCGUCUUAUAGUAAAGACAAACUGGGUUUGAUUGAGCUAUGCCCCACCUGUAACCUUAAAUACAAAUGUUUCUGUACUGCCUAUUCCAGGAAAAGGUAACUGUUGUGGGGUCCACUUAAAUCCAACAUAACUCAAACACCAGGUCAAUGUAGAUGACAGUAUUUAUUAGAAGCAAGCUGGUACUGACGGUCCAGGGCUGCAGAAUAGACUCGGAGCUGAACCGCAACCUUGAAGGGAUAUUUGUACAGCAUGUUGAAAGGAUGAAACCAUACAGCAAGGGGAAGUGGGCUGGGUUUGUAGCUUUGUCCAAUCUUUUUGACGUAAGAGGCUGACCAAGGGAGGUUCUAUCAAUCAGAAUAGAAGCUGAUCCCUGGGCCUAGGAUCAUAAACUUAGUUUGAUGCCAGCAAGACGGAGAAAGUUGCUCUUGAAAUGGCUGGACUCAAGACAACUGUUUCCUUACAAGUCCCUGAGAGGCCUGGACUCAGACAACUGUUUACUUACAACAGAAACUGUUGGCUAUUGGGAAGUCCCCAGGUCCCCUAGGGCCUGGGACCUUAAACUUAGUUUCUCCCUUUGAUGGAGUCUGAAAACGAAAUGGCAGUAUGUUGUUAUUAGUAUUUACUAUUAAUUUAUCUUUAGUUAAACAGCAGUUAUUCCUAAACCAGCUGUAUACCCAAUUCACCACACAGAGACUAGGAUUUAUUUAAUUAUCCUAGAGCACAAUGCUGGGCAAUGAUUACUCCCAAGCCUGCAUAGCCUCCUCCCAUUCAGAAUUUCCAACAUUAUAUUUGUUUUUAGUCAUAUCUUAGGUCUGGCUCAUUUCUCUUCGUUGUUUCCAAGUCCUCUCCUCGGGAAUGAAUCUCUCUGCUCCUUGACUCUCCCACUCCCUUCCUUCUCCUCUCCGGACCAGGAUGUCCCACCCUAUUCUCUCCACUGCACAGAACUGGGUGGUUGUUUUAUUGACAACACAGAGAACAAAUGGUGGCAUGUUUACACAAACUUGAGACAGGUGAUGCUUAGAAUAAACAUUACAAUGAAAUGUCCAGAUUGAAACCAGAUAGUGGGGUAGAGAAAUCAGCAUUUGAAUGAACAAGGGUAAAUUGUUUAUUCCACAGAACACAGCACCAACAGUAGUGCUUAGAAUACAUUUCAGUUGCUUGUUUCCAACUGUAACCGUGCCUUUGUUUCAAAAGGUUAUUAUGACCUUGUCAUAACCACCUUAUGUGCACUUUGUCAUGACUACCUUAAGGCCACCUUGCAACCAUGACCACUUUGUUAUGUUCCAAUUCUGUAAGCCUAUUUGACUGCCAAACCCCCAUUUGGAAACCCCUUCCCACCCGAGCAAUAAAAACCAUUUUCUUGCCUUU